AUGAAAUUUUCAAAAUACUUGAAUACGGUUAGCAUUUGGAAUCAACAUUGUAUACCAUACCAAAAACUAAAGAGAAAACUAAGACUAUACUUUUCACCAAAUGCGCAAUCACCCAUCAACGAUCAACGUCCACCUUCCUCUUUAGGAUUGUCACCACUACCAACCAAUGGUAUUUCUAGUGACUCUCCAUCAUCUCAUUCUUCAUCAUCUUCUACAUUGUCACCAUUACAUUUAAAUAUUCCAAUACUACACAAUGGUAGUGGUAGCAAUGGAUCUGUUCAAACAAAAGUAUCACAUAAAGAAUUCCUUACAUUACUCAAGAUUGAAAUACAAAAGGUUGAUCAAUUCAUAGUUGACCAGGAAAAGGAAUUCUAUCAACGAUUCUUAAAUCUUUUGUCUCGAUUCAAAGCUGUCGAUUUCUCAUCACCAUUCUCUUCGUUUUUGUAUCCAAUCAAUCAAAGUGACCCUAAUCAUCAAAGAGAGGUCAAUCCAAUGCUGUCGUUCCAAGCUGCUUUUGAAGAUGUCAUCAAACAGUUGGCUGAUUUGGACGAGUUUGCCAAGAUCAAUCGUUGGGCAAUUCAAAAGCUUUUGACUACCUAUACCAAGAAAUAUAUGAAGUCAGAGUCACGUAGUAGAAAGGGUAGUAUGGGUGAAUCGACAAGCAACAAACCACUACUACCCAAUCUCAAUGGAAGUGCAUUAAAAAAUGGUGAUGACUCUAAUCCAAAUUCUCCAGUUGUAUUACAUAAAGAGACUACAAAUAUUACCACCACACCAACCAAACAAUUACAUCAAAAUGAUAUCGAUAAAUUCUUUAAUGAAUAUGUAUCAACAUUGGAAAUUGGAAAUUGUAACAACUUAAAGAAAAUAACUUUGGAAAUUGAAAGAGAAUAUCAAUUUAUUUUAUCAAGUGGUUUAAAUUUCAUUAAUAAUCCUUUUAUUAAUUUAUUAAGUGAUAAAGAAAAAGAAUUAUCAAAAAUGAUUACAGUUCUUUGUCAAUCAAUUAUAAAUAAUAAUUUUAAUUUAUUAAAAGAGAAUAUUUUAAUAAUUAAUAAUUUAAUGAAAGAAUUAAAUAUUAAUAUUAAUACAAAUUUAAUGUUAAAAGAAGCAAUUCAUUCAUGUAUAUGUAAAACGAUUUAUUUGGGUAGUAUUGAAAUGACAGAAUAUUUAUUUUCAAUGUACCAAGACAUUGUUAAUAUCAAUUUCCGUGACGAGGUUGAUAAACAAUUUAUCCAUAUAGGCGCAGAGCAUGGCCACGCCAACUUGUUGGAAUUUAUAUUAAAACGCGGAGGAAACAUUCAAUCUAGAGACCAUCUGAUGCGUACUCCAUUGCAUUUGGCAGCGGCUGGUGGUCAUGUGGACGCCGUUCGUCUGUUGGUCGACAGAGGUGCCAAGGUUGACGACUCUGACCGUUCCAAAUCAACACCACUUCACUUGGCUAGCCGUAGUCGUGGAGUGACUGCUCCGACAGUGGUAGAGAUUUUAAUCGAACGUGGUGCAUCGCUGGCGACGCCGGCUGUCCACGGGAGAUUACCAAUCCACGAGGCUGCUGCCAAGGGAUUGGUCGAUAACCUCAAACUUUUACUAAUCGAUACCGAUAUCAUCGACGCACAAGAUAGUUUUGGUAGAAGUCCAUUGAUUGAAGCUUCUCGAAAUGGUCACAAGGAAGCUGUUCAAAUACUUCUCGAGGCAGGUGCAAAUGUCGAUCGCGUCGAUGAAGAUCGUCGCACCUGUCUUCACGAAGCAGCUUCUUGUGGAUCAUUGGCUACGUUGGAGUUGUUGUUAUCAAACAUUCGCGAUGGUGGUGGUAAAGAGCAGGUGUCUCGCAUUGUCAACCUCCAAGACGACGAUGGUUGGACUGCCCUCCACGAAGCAACCUACCAAAAUUGGGUACCAUGUGCCAAAGUCUUGUUGGAGCAUUUUGCCAACCCAUACACUCCAGACAAGGGAGAAUGGUCACCCAUCGUCCACUCUUUGUAUCGUGGAAACAUUCAAUCGUCACUUGCCAUCAUCGAUUACCUCAAAGCAAACCCAUCCACUGUAUUCGAACAACAAAGUAGUGUGCCAAGUACACCAAAAGGAUUAAAAGAUUCAAAUGGACAAUUAUUUAAAGAUGAAAAGGUGACCAGUGUUGAACCGCCCGCUCAAGAUCUAGCUGGAGGAGAGACAAAAUCACCAAAAACUCCCUCAGUCUUGUCAAAGAGUGGAGCUAUCAAUUUAUCAUCAUCUUUAUUAUCUAUUCUAAAAGAUAAGGAAAUUGAACAGCAACAGCAACAGCAACAACAACAACAAAAGGCAACAUCGCCUGUAACAAAAAAUAACAAGAUUACCAAAUCAAUGAUAUCAACUGUAAUAUUUAAAAUUAUAUCAAGUGUAAAGAGUGAUCAAGGUUACAAGGUUGGCAUUAUUGGAAAUAGAAAGGCAUUGGGUAAAUGGAAUCCAUUGCAUGCACUGUUUUUGGAAAAGGUUGAGACUAUUAAUGGAGCAUCUGGUGAAAGUAUUUGGGUGGGUAAGGCAUCAGUCCCAACCAACGUUCAAAUCGAAUAUAAAUAUAUUAUUUGUCAAGGCAGUCGUUUGGAUAGUUGGGAGACACUGCCAGAGAAUAGAAAGUUUACACCAGAGGAGGAAAACGAACUCAUCAAUGACGGUACCUUUGGUAGCAUUAUCGACCCAACCAACGGUGAAAUUAUCAACACUCUUACCAACCAAACUAACCAACAGACCGAUCUCCAGGAAAGUUUGGUCAAGGAAUACCUUAACAACAACAAUGAAAAGUUUAUCGAAAAGGGGUACCUCGUAAACGACACGCAAGUUAAAAUAAGAUUUGGAAACAUCUUGAGCACCGAUCCACAACGACGCAUCUUGCAGCCAAUCAAAAUGUUUACAGCCAACCAAAACCUUCAAGUUGGUAGAGUUGUAGUAUCGCUCUGCACACAACAAAAGUUUGGAAGUGAUUCGAAUCUAUUGGCUGGAACCGAUCCAACCCAAAUCACACUUCCAAUUAGCAAGGAUCAGACUAUUACCUUUCAAACACCUAAUAUCCAGGAACUCUCGAUCGUCCAAUUCGAUCUCUACAAGAGAGGAAUGUCGAGCGUGUUGGUUGGUCGUGCCAGUCUUUUGGCCAAGGACCUGUUGUGCAGAAAUAGCUAUGUUUGCACAUGUCCCAUUAUGAACUCGACGUUGCAGACGAUUGGAGAGUUGACCUUUUUCCCGCUCGUUGUCAGUCCGUUCCACCAUCCACGUAUAUCUGAUGUGCUCUCCAAUGUAUUUUGGAAGUCGACACUUUUAAUUGGUCAUCGUGGAGGUGGUGCCGAGAAUGCACGAGCUGUAGGUCGGUACCGUCGUACGCAUAUCAAGGAGAAUACCAUUCUCUCCUUUGUCACUGCUGCUUCGCUUGGUGCCCAGUACAUCGAGUUUGACGUUCAAUUGUCGCGUGAAAAGAUUCCCAUCAUCUACCACGACUUUGAGGUUGCAACUGGUAUUGGCGCCAUUAAACUACCACUCAAUCGUCUUCCAGUAGCUCAAAUCUCUGAAAUUAAAAAGGAUCAACAAACUUCAAAAUCUCAAUCACCAAUCAAUAAUAAUAAUAGCAAUAACAGUGGCGGCGCGGCAACAAAACAAAACGCCAACCAACAGGCAUCUCAACAACAACUAAAGAAAUCAAAAUCAAUGACAGAUUUGACAGUCAGCGAGAUUGGAUCAGGUAACACCAACAUUAGCUCACCACCUUUUAAUCCACAUAUGAAUACUUCAUCAUCUGCAUUCUCCAAUCCAAAUGUAGGAAUUGGUAUUGUAGAUACGAUGGCAACACUAGAACAGGCAUUCAAAUCAGUUCCAGCAUCGACAGGAUUUAAUAUUGAAAUUAAAUAUCCAAGUGUUGAAGUUGAGGACAUGCUACGUCUCAACAAUGUCAAUCGUAACGAAUACGUAGACGCCAUUCUCAAUGUUGUAUUUGAUCAUGCUGGAUCUCGUCCAGUCAUCUUUUCAUCUUUUGACCCUGAUAUUUGUCUGCUCUGUUCUCUCAAGCAACCAAGAUACCCGGUCUUUUUCCUAAGCAAUGCAGGUCUCAGCCAACACUCUGAUCCUCGUUGCAACUCGAUUGCCGAAGCCAUUCGAUUCUCCAAAUCCUCUCAUCUCUUGGGUAUUGUCACCAAUUCAAGAAUCCUAGUCGAAGGUACUCCAAUCAUUGGUGAAAUUAAAAUGGCUGGUCUUAUGCUCUGUAGUUGGGGUGCUGAAAAUAAUGAUCCCCAACAAGUUGACCUCCAAGAAACUCUUGGUGUCGAUGCAGUCAUUGUUGAUCAUGUUGCCUAUGUUUCAAAACAUUAUAAUAAUUAA